AUGGGUCCACUGUGUAGUGGUAUUCAGUACGCCUGCCCUCCUCUCUCUACCGAGCUACGCCCUACCCUACUCCCUCUUCUAUCGUCGGUCACGACCCGCCAUCACCGUCGAUCCUCUCCCUCGUCCACCGUGACGCUCUUCACCCUUCUAAGACGUCACGCCUCCCUCUAGGUGGUGUGGCUGUCCGGGGACCAUGGCUGCCUAGACGUUAGCCUCGUCUCCGCUACCGUCUCCACUCGGCCACUCCCGGCUGGUCCCCUUACAGUUGUCCUUGUAGCGAUUGACGAAGAGAUCGUACCAGCCUUUACGCACGAACAAGCGACUGUUUGCCGCAUUGAGAUUGUCGAUCGCACACCCCUUGCUCUUCGAGUUGCGGAGAUGCAAUGCGAGACCAUCUUCGUCGUCCCAGUCGUAGU